AGAGCAGCCUCAGCACCCACACACUGCACAUCGCUCUCCUCGGUCUUGUCUCAUUACCUUAUAUAAUAUCGGCAAGCAAUCAUGCGUGAGUGUAUCUCCAUCCACGUUGGCCAGGCUGGAGUCCAGAUUGGCAAUGCUUGCUGGGAGCUUUACUGUCUGGAACAUGGCAUCCAGCCUGAUGGACAGAUGCCGAGCGACAAAGCCAUUGGAGGCGGAGACGACUCCUUCAACACCUUCUUCAGCGAGACUGGAGCUGGAAAGCACGUCCCCAGAGCCGUGUUCGUGGACCUGGAACCCACUGUUAUUGAUGAGGUGCGUACUGGGACUUACCGCCAGCUGUUCCACCCGGAGCAGCUGAUCACCGGCAAGGAGGAUGCUGCCAACAACUACGCCCGCGGACACUACACCAUUGGUAAAGAGAUCAUUGACCUGGUUCUGGACAGGAUUCGUAAACUGGCGGACCAGUGCACCGGUCUCCAGGGCUUCCUGGUGUUCCACAGCUUCGGCGGGGGCACCGGCUCUGGUUUCACCUCCCUGCUGAUGGAGCGUCUGUCCGUGGACUACGGCAAGAAGUCCAAGCUGGAGUUCUCCAUCUACCCGGCCCCCCAGGUGUCCACGGCGGUGGUGGAGCCCUACAACUCCAUCCUGACCACCCACACCACCCUGGAGCACUCCGACUGUGCCUUCAUGGUGGACAACGAGGCCAUCUACGACAUCUGCCGCAGGAACCUGGACAUCGAGCGUCCCACCUACACCAACCUGAACCGACUCAUCAGCCAGAUCGUGUCCUCCAUCACCGCCUCCCUGCGCUUCGACGGUGCCCUCAACGUGGAUCUGACGGAGUUCCAGACCAACCUGGUGCCGUAUCCCCGGAUCCACUUCCCUCUGGCCACCUACGCCCCCGUCAUCUCGGCGGAGAAGGCUUACCACGAGCAGCUCUCGGUGUCUGAGAUCACCAACGCCUGCUUCGAGCCGGCCAACCAGAUGGUGAAGUGCGACCCUCGCCACGGCAAGUACAUGGCCUGCUGCCUGCUGUACCGCGGAGACGUGGUGCCCAAAGACGUCAACGCCGCCAUAGCAACCAUCAAAACCAAGCGCAGCAUCCAGUUCGUGGACUGGUGCCCCACUGGUUUCAAGGUGGGCAUCAACUACCAGCCCCCCACCGUGGUCCCCGGGGGAGACCUGGCCAAGGUGCAGAGGGCCGUGUGCAUGCUCAGCAACACCACCGCCAUCGCCGAGGCCUGGGCCCGCCUGGACCACAAGUUUGACCUGAUGUACGCCAAGCGGGCCUUCGUCCACUGGUACGUGGGGGAGGGGAUGGAGGAGGGAGAGUUCUCCGAGGCCCGGGAGGACAUGGCCGCUCUGGAGAAAGAUUACGAGGAGGUCGGAGUCGACUCCAUUGAGGGUGAGGGAGAGGAGGAAGGAGAAGAAUAUUAAAGGUGGUUAAAGGAUGCACAGUGUUCCUCAGUGUUUUUACAUUUUGUUCUGUUUUAUUUCUAAAAAAACAGUUUGGAACUGUUUAAUUAAAAUAUUGAUAACAGUUUGUAUUGGUUCCAAAUUAAGUUCUUAUGUGAAGUUGUGUUAUCCAUCAACUGUUGUUCUUGCUUACCUUUAAAUUACAUUUGGCUUUCAAAAAACAGUUUGGAAUUGUUCAACUAAAAUAAUGAUGAUAACAUGCCAGUUUGUAUUGGUUCCAAAUACAGUUCUUGUUUUGUGAAGUUGUGUUAUUCAUCAAGUGUUGUUCUUGCUUACCAUUAAAAUAAAGCUGAUAAUCAGAA